UUUAUACUUAAUUUUUAAGAUUUUAAGAUUUCUACAAGAGAUCUAAUUUUGUAAAUUUAGGAUAUCGUUUUACAUUACUAAAUACUUUGUAGUCAGUAAAAAUUGACUGCAAAUGAAUACAUAAAAAAGAGAACACGUAAAAUACAUGUCUAUUAGUUUUUUCUCACCUCAAUUGCAUAAAACAGCUAAUAAAAGAUGCAACUCGUAGUUAUUGCUUUUUAAACGUCAGUCAAUAUUGAAAAGUAAAUUGAUACUUGCUUGUAUACUGAAUCUCUACAAAACCUCUGUGCGUAAGACGUUUCAACAUAGUUAUAUAAAAAAAACGAAACCAGCCGUGCGUGACGGAUUCUCUUUAUCUAUAUUUCGCAUUAAGUAAUAAAAACUCGCAUGCAACCUUCUUUCUUGUCAGUUUGUCACUCGUAGUGGGUAUGUUACUUGGUUAAAAUUUUUAAACUCACGCAAACACAUCGCUCACAAAGGACAAGAUGGUGUGGUUACCUGGGAAUAAUGAGGCAGUCUGCGCGUCCAACAACUGCAACGCAGCGGCUCUAACUUUUUUAAAUUUUCUAACUUAUUAUCUAAGUUCUUCUUACGACAGUGCAUUCAAUGAUUUAAAUCCUGAUAAUGGGGAUGGCAUGUUCGAUUUCGUUAUCGUUGGCGGUGGUAGUGCAGGCUGUGUAGUGGCUAAUCGGUUAAGCGAAGACCCCAGUUGGAAGGUAUUGCUAUUAGAAGCUGGUGACGAAGAACCCCUUAUAACGGGAGUUCCAGGUCUUCACACUUUAAUGUCUGGAUCGUCUCUUGAUUUUAAUUAUACCUCUCAACCAGAUCCUACAAUGUGCAAUGGCGAGCCGUGCGAUUUGCCACGAGGACGAGUUUUAGGUGGAUCCAGCAACUUUUACAGCUCACAUUUUGUUCGCGGCAAUCGAUGGGACUACGACAAUUGGGAGCUACUUGGUAAUAAAGGCUGGGGUUGGACUAAAACUUUAGAAUACUUUAAAAAGUUAGAGGACUUCAGAAUCCCUAGGGUUUUCGACCAAAAUCCUUCAUUGCAUGGACGUACAGGUUAUCAGAGUAUAUCUGGAGCAGAAAGCUACGAUCCUAAUGCCAGAGUCAUAAUGAAUGGUUGGAAAGAACUUGGAUUGAAAGAAAUUGACUACAAUUCGGGUAACAAUUUUGGAACAUCAAGGAUGCAGUACAGCACUUAUUAUGGUUCUCGUUCAAGUGCUAACAGUGCCUAUCUCAGACCAAUCCGGGCUAAUCGAAAAAAUCUCGUUGUUCGAACCAAUUCUGCAGUUACUAAAAUUAUCAUAGAUCCGCAGACGAAAAAGGCUAUCGGUGUUGAAUACAACACAAAUGGUAUCGCAGAAACUAGAAAAGCAUAUGCCAGUAAGGAAGUAAUUCUUUCAGCAGGUGCUAUUGAUUCUCCAAAACUUUUGAUGCUAUCAGGAAUAGGACCAUCAGAUAACCUUAGAGAAUCAAAAAUCGAAGUCAUUCAGAAUUUACCAGUAGGAAAAAAUCUACACAACCACGUAUCCAUUACUCCGUUGAUGGUGAAGGUGGUUAACAAGACUGUGCCGUUCGGUAUUAAUACUGUCUACAGUGAUCUUCUUCGUUGGUUGACAAACCAUCGGGGUCCUCUAGCCGUUAAUACUUUUAUGGACAAUAUUGCCUUUUUAAAAACCAACUUUGAGAAACGUUUUAACGUUCCAGAUAUUCAAGUUGGUUACAUUAAAGUUAAACGAGACGAUGAGAUAAAUGAAGAUCGUUUUCUCCUUCCGUACUAUGAUGGGUUCCGACUUACAACACUUUUAUUGACUCCCAAGAGUCGUGGUUAUCUUAAACUCAAUAGUUCUGAUCCUUUGGGGCCACCUCUGAUACAUCUGAAUUAUUUUUCCCAUCCAGAUGAUGUACCAACAAUUACUACAGGCGCACGUCUUACUAAACGGCUCACGGAAACCAAAGCAUUCAAGGAUGCAGGUUUUCAGAUUUCUGUAGUACCGACGCCACUCUGUGACCAAUGGAAGUAUGACACCGAUGAAUAUUAUGAGUGUUUAGCUAGAAAAUAUACUGGUUCCAUUGGUCAUUUAGUUGGUACUUGUAAAAUGGGACCUGAAUCAGAUGUGGAAGCGGUUGUUAAUUCAGAAUUGAAAGUAAAAGGUAUCAAAAAUUUGCGAGUCAUUGAUGCUUCUAUUAUGCCUGUUGUAACACGAGGUAAUACCUAUGCACCGACAAUUAUGAUUGGUGAGAAGGGUAGUGACAUGAUUAAAGAAGACUGGAGAAAUGAUGUUACAGUUUUGUAUGAAAAAGAGUUUAAAGUCUAUCAGUCCUAAAAAAGUUUUUUAAUAAUAUGAAAUAUACGUUGUUGAAAAGAUUUACAGUUGUAG